GGGGUGAGAUAAAGCACCUUUUUCCAGUCCGUAUUUCUCACGAGCAGGGCAGGACGCAAAGCAGGAGCCUUUGUCUGACGCGUGUUCUGCAGCAGCAUCCGUCUGAACCUGGUGAAAGAUGGAAGAGCAAGAGACGGAUGCCGCUGAAGAAGGAAGAGGCGCCGAUCCCAUCAAAAGCGAGAGCAGUGAGGGAUUCUGGGAAAGGAACACACAGGGGAUCCUGGGUAAAGAGGACGCCCUCAGCUCAGGUGCUCAGCACCAGGAUUUCAGGCCGAUCCACUACCAGGAGGCCAAGGGACCCCGAGAGGUUUGCAGCCGACUCCACCAUCUCUGCCGUCAGUGGCUGAAGCCGGGGAGACACACCAAGGCUCAGAUCCUGGAUUUAGUGAUCUUGGAGCAGUUCCUGGCUGUCCUCCCCCCGGAGAUGGAGAACUGGGUGAGGGAAUGCGGAGCAGAGACCAGUUCCCAGGCGGUAGCCCUGGCCGAAGGUUUCCUCCUGAGUCAGGCAGAGGAGAAGAAGCAGGAAGAGCAGCAGGUAAAGGGUCUGCUUGCAGAAAUGAGAAGCAAUUUCCCCGACGCAGAGAGAUCUCCGUUGGGUGUCAGAGAGAAGCCACUGGGUGAUGGGAUGAAGCUGAGAAGAUCUACUCAGACAUCUCUUCUUUGGGGAGGAGAAGGAGCUGUUGCAGAACCAGAUCAGGGUCCAAUAUCUUUUGAGGAUGUGGCUGUGUGGUUCAAUGAAGAGGAGUGGGCCUUGCUGGAUCCUGACCAGAGGGCGUUGCAUAACGAAGUCAUGGAGGAGAAUGUUGGUAUCCUGGCAUCUCUCGGCUCUUAUGAGUUUCUCAAUUCAUUGCAGACUGUGAUGAAUCGGAAAUGAAGAAUAAGGAAGAACUACACGGAAAAGAAACCCAGGGCCGAGACAGCUGUAGGAAGCGAGAAGAGCAAAGGAGGAAAAUCGAAGCAGAAAAGAAAAGGAAGACG